UCACUGCUGGGCACUGACUGGCAGCACUGCUAGGCAUUGACUGGCGCAACUGAUGGGCACUGACUGGCACAACCACUGGGCACUGACUGGUGGCACUGACUGGCAGCACUGCAUUGAUGGGCACUGGUGGUUGGCACUGGUGGGCACAGGUGGGUGGCACUGGUGGGUGGCACUGCUGGGCACAGGUAGGUGGCACUUCUGGGCACAGGUAGGUGGCACUGCUGGGCACAGGUGAGUGCACUGCUGGGGAGCACUGCUGGGCACUGGUGGGUGGCACCGCUGGGCACUGGUUGGCAACACUGCUGGGCACAGGUGGGCGAAACUGGUGGGUGGCACUGCUGGACACCGAUCAUCAGGGCACUGAUCAUCA